AUGGAGGUGCCCAAGGCACCGAGGCCAGUGACUCGAAGUCUAGCGGCAUCAUCGGGACGUCCACCUCGAACGUCUCCGCCACGUACAGCGAGUCGGCCAGCUGGUCCAGAGCUUGAGAUUCACUCGCCCAAAGUAUCUCUGCUCAACUCUCCCUCUCAUCCAACUGUGCCGGCUUUCCCAUCCGGCCCGGGCGCUGGUUCGGCUACCCCGGCUCCCUUGACACCCCCAAAGUCGCCAGCCAAACAGAAGAUACCUGCGAGGAGAAUGUCUCUUGACAUUGCUAAGGAGUCGCCAGUCUCAUUGAUGAAGAAAUUGACCUCCCAUGAAAUGCAGUCCUUCGUGAGAAGACAGCGCCAGUUGCUGUAUGAGAUGGCCAAGGCGGGUGUGAUUGUCGUACACCCAGAUGUCAUUAUCCGCGUCGGAAUCGAUGGCUCGCUCGAGGUGGACGGAACCAGGGACGACCAAGGCGCGGUCAAGGUCGGCAGUCGUGUCUUCUCCAAGGACAAUAUCCCGGAUAGCAACCCACCGGUUUACCUUGCGGGCCGCAAUAUUCACCCUAGCCUGGUUUCUCCCAACGGAAGACGACUGACUCACCGCGACUUUUUGAAGAUGAGGGGAGACUCCGUUUUCUAUGCAUGGGUUGUGAAGACUUUGGCUAGCCUGCCCGAUUUGACGCAUGAGCGGUGGUGGGAUGCCCUCGAGUCCCUACAGAAGCUGCGCAAAGGUGAAAGAUCACAAAAGGUUCUCGUGGGACCAUUGUACAAGGCGCACAUCUUUGACAAGAUGGACCGAGCGACUAUUCACAACAUCGGGGUCAAGCUCAAUAUGAACGAAGACUUUACCAAUGAGGAAGUCGACGUCAAGCUGCCCAUGGCCAUUGGAAGGCUCAUGGGACUGUCGCCCCCAGCAGUGCUAUCAGUUGGGGAAGUGUGGGAGGACCAGUUCUGUGCGUACGCUUUUGAGAUUGACGGACAAGUGGCCGAUGCCGCCACCAGUUUGCUUUCGACCUUGAAGUUGAUGGCCAAGCACCCCGAUGCGGACAAUCACUUGCGGCCUCUGGCGAUGGACAAGCAGGAGUUUCUGGAGAAUGCCUUUGAAAAGAUUCAGAACCUGCCGGAGAUGAAGUCGCUGCACAAGUUUGUGGAGAGUGCUGUCAAGGCUGGAUGGCACUGA